GUCUCUCGACCAAAUUCAAGAACUUCAAUCAAAACUUACGGAUGUCAACCAGCAGGUCUCUGAUCUUGGAUCGAAGCUAUCCAUCUUACAAGAUAAUCACAACAAAAAGCUAUCAAACCUCGCAGAUUCGGAGUCAAAGUAUCGUGCAAGUCUUCUGUUGAUUCAAGACCUUCAAGAUCAGCUUGAAGAAUCUCAACGAAGGCAUUCAGGAAUAAUCGAGGAACUACAUUCCAUAUCUUCAACACCAAUGACGCCGAUGUCAUCAUAUCCUGAAUCACGAAACGAGGAUUUGCUCCCACCGAAACCCAUCGUACCUUUCGUAACAUCCAGACCUCCAUUACAUCGUAAAGCCAAAUCAAUGUCGUCAGUCGAAACCGGGGGAGCUGGAAUGACUGACUCGGCGCAUGCUGCCAUUAUAGAAAAACUUCAAUUUGAACUUGAAUUGUUCGAAUCUUUCCAUGAGGACAAAUCGCAAAGUUUGGAUGCUGUUAAACGGGAAUUGAAUAGACUGGAACAACACCAUCAGGAAACAUUACUGGUGGUCGACGAGCUUCGAGAAGAAAUCAAGAGGCGUGACGCAUUGGCCUUACUACAUGUCAACAUGGUGAUAAACUCUUCCGAGAAGGAAACUAACUCAACAAAAAAUGAUCGCAUUGACGAACUGAUAGUGGUCAAUCGUCUCAGAAAAGAAAUCGAGGAAUUAAAAGAAAGACAAAGGCAAACGAUGCAGAACAUUCUUGAACGGGAGAAAGAUAACAAACUUAGAUCCGAGGAAGCCCGGAAGUUACAAUUAAGCAUAUGGCAACUUCGAGAAGAAUUAAGUUUUGCAAUCGAGGAACAAAAAUAUGCAAACGACACAGAAAAAACGCCGUCAUCUCGAGAAUCGAUUGUCAGCAAACUAUUAUCAAGGAUUAGGGAGUCGGAAGAACAACUUGCAGUGAUGCGAGGUGACGUCCAACAUGUGGGAGACUUUUUACAUGACAGUAACGAUUCUUGUGACGCCGAAAUGAUUGAGCUCCGCAGACAAGCUGAGAAACUUCAAGCUGACAUACAAACGAAAAGUCAAGCUAUUGCCAUAUUCCUGCUUCCAGAAGAAUUGCUAGGGAGCGAAGAAACUCAUAUUCGUACGGUCAACGAUAAUAUCAUAAAUCAUAUAACUAAAAAUGGCCUGUCGGACACUACUGAUAACGAUUAUCUUGAGAAAGCGUCUUCGGAUAAACUCGGUCUUUUACCGAGGCAUUUCACGAACCAAACGCAAGACACACUUGACGUCAUCCAGUCAAAGCUUUCGACUGUGCAAGGAUCCAAGGGGGACCUGAUGUCGCUUUUACAACCUCACUUUGAAACACUUAAGGCAGAAUUCAGAAGGAAAGAUAAACUUAUAGAAAGUUUAAAACAUGAUUUGGUUGACAAAGGAAUGUUACAUCAGAAACUUCGUGAGAGUGAGGCGGAAAUUUUUGUGCUUUUACAAAGGUUGAACGCCACCAAAAAACAAGAGUCACCGGAUCAAGUUUCUCAAUUGGAGGAUAUCAGUAAAGAUACAGGAAAAUCUUUAAAAGAAUCAGAAAAGGGGUAUCAUAAUAAUUCCGAAAAGGAAGCAUUUGUCCUCGAACGACUACGAAAUUUGGAUGCCGAGGAAUCAAAAAUACAAAAAGAAUUAGAACGCAUUAUUACGCAGGAAUUGUCAGAACACGACCAAUUGAAUUGUGCUAAAAAACCAGCGCAAUUAAUCUCCAUGAAAUCUUCAAACGGAAACGAAAAAUUAAUUGUAGAACAAUUACGAACUCAACUCAACGACGUCAAAGAAGCAAAAAAAACAAUUAUACAUGAAUGGGAAAGCAUGGAAUUAACUUUCCGUGCCCAAGCAAGGCUUGUCAUCACUCUCGAGAGCGAAAUGCAAACACUGACAGACGCACUAAAUGUGGCAAAAGAAGGUCACGCAGAAGCCUUGAAAAAAUCGGAAAAUCUACAAGCACAGGUGAAAACGCUUGAAAAUCAACUAACAGAAGUUGAAAAGGAACGUGGAGAAUACGCGAGACGUGUUAACGAUUUACUACAAACAAUGGAAAGUCACGAGAUACAGAAAAAAGACUUGGUCUCGUCAUUGGAGCGCAAAGUAUCAGACCUCGACUCCCAGAUUCACGACCUUAAAGAAGCGUUGAAGAAUUCUAGCGACACUCUUAACGAAAAAGAACAACUAUCUUCCGCCAAGGAUUCACACAUUAAAGAACUGCAAUCCAGUAUUCAAAAGGUCAAGGAUGAAUUUAAAGCCAUCGAAGUAGCGAAAUCGGCUGAAAGUGAACGUGCGAGAGAAUUCCAAUCAAAUAUUGUAUUCCUCGAAUCGAAAAUCGUAGAUCUCGAGGCCAGGCUUCGUGCAAAUCCUAGUCCAGAAGAUCUGGAGACGGCGCAACAAUCAGCUGCAAAGAAUCUUGUGCUCGUCAAGGAGAUGGAGACAAAAUUGGAAGAGGCUAACCAUCAAAAUGCAGCCGAAAUAGCAACGAUACGCGAAACAAUUUCCAAGCUAACGACGGAAUUAGAGGAAAAGAGAAUAGCGGAGAAUGCCCAAAAACAAUUGGUAAAAGAAUUAGAGGGUGUCUUGAGUGAGCGAGAAGGUAAACUAAAGGAAGUAAACAAGCAACUUGGGCAGGUCAAAGAAUCGGAACAAAGACAGGUCGAGCAGAUCCAGUCUUUAGAAGUUCAGCUUCAAAUUCUUCAAAAAAGUAGAGACGAAGAAGUGAUGAAACUCGAAGAAGCUAAUGCUGAGAUAGAAAAUCUUAAAGAACAGUACAUGUGUCUACACGAUGAUACCUUAAUUCCCGUCCAAAAUUUAGAAAAUCUCGAAAAAAUUAUGUCAAACGAUCUCAAGAUUCAACUUGAACAGUGUCAGCAGACGAUCAUGGAAUUAGAGGGCAAGAUGGUCCAACUAGAAAAUGAAAAAGGAGAACAAU